GCUGCAGUGAGCCAUGAUCAUGCCACUGCACUGUAGCCUGGGCAACAGAGCGAGACCCUGCCUUUAAAAAAAAAAAAAGUUUUACAGUUUUAAAAAAAUUAUUUCAUUUGUCUUAAAAUGAGUGGAAUCUUUGCAAUUGAGGUACACUUUAAAAAGUAAUUUUCAGUUAAAAGAUGCUUACUGUUCUCUUCUGACAGAGUUAAUAUUUUCAGUGUCAUAAUUUUGUGUUAACUUUUUCUUUAAUAAGUAUACCCAGGAUCAAUCUGGCAGUUGUGCACACAUAAUCGUGUGUUAGUUGUCCAUGGAAAAUGUGUAGAAUAUUUAAAUUUAUGUAGGAUAUGGUAUCACAGUUUGGCAUACUUAUCCCAGAACACACACUUAUGUAUGACUGUUAAAUCAGUUGGGUUUUAUAAUCAUUACGGUUUUGUUAUUUGAUAAGAUUUGCAAUAUAAAUUUUUUUACCUCAGAGAACAAGACAAGGUUAUAUCGUGCAUAUUAAAUUCAUAAUACCAUAUAACUUGCUUUUGGGUUCAUGAUUGCUUUUCACCUGUACUUUCCAUCUGUCAUGAACAGGGAUCCCUGAGAUGUUCAUACUCUGCAUUCUCAUGUGCAUGAUCCUUAGAUUUAAAAAGGGUGAGUGGGAGAAAGCUGCUUUAUAGAAAUAUAAGUUCACAGCAUUCAUGUUUUGUGUGUUCCACUGCAAAUAUUGCAUGCUGCAUACUUGUAUGCUGCAUACUUGUAUUUCUCUGAAAAUGAAGAACAUAGGCUCAUAAGUACACAAAAAAUUAGUUUUGUUUUUGCCAAUAGUUGAAACAGACGGAGGAAUGUUAGAUGUAAUACCUUUUCUAUUUUUUCUAAAAUGAAUUCUGUAGUAUUUUUCAAAAGACAGGGAAAAAAAUUAUAUUUAAACUCAAAGUGGCUACAAAUCAGCUCCUAAACUGUCACUGACAUUAGCAUAUAGAUUUUGUAGUUUUUACAAACCUUUUAAAAUAUUUAUUUACUAAGAAAACAUUGCAUUAAUGCAUGGUACAAAACUGAUAAGUUUUCCUUUAAAUUGGAAUGCAGUUUAAAGUGACUGAAUUUUCCAAUUUCAGCUACUGCAUUUGACAAGGAUACAUACUGGAAAAUGGAACUGGUAUCAUCUAAUUUCUUUAGGCUCCUUCACUUACAGUAGUUGGGAAAAAUCUUUCCAUGUGGCAUUAUGUAGAUCAUAUUCUUGAUGACUAAUAUUCAUUACUGUGCUCUUUAGCCUUGACAGCAAUAAAGAAUUCUGGGUGGAUAUAGUUCAUUCAAAUAAUUUAGGUGUAUUUUAAAUACAUGUUUUCAAUUAAAAAAACAGAUCUUUGGCACUUGGCUUUUAAUUAUGCAAACAUUGACAUUCUUACAUUUUGCUCUUUAUAUUAUAAUUCAUGUGUAUGUUGCAGUUCCAAUAACUGCACAUCACAGUUUUAUCAUACACUUUAAAAAAGUGGCAUAUUUGGUCAUAGAUACAAAUUAAUUUUAGAUUGAAACAUAUCUUUGUCACGUUACCUAUUUUUAUUUUUGUGUGUAUAUAUGACAAACCUUUCCAUAUUGUGAACAAGAUAAAAUGAUACCUAAAUGGUCAUGACAAGUUCCAACCUUAGCAAUCAAUGCGCCUCUGAGGUUACGCUGUUAAGGGCUAAAGUAGUAGUAUUUUCAGUGAUCUCUUCUGCCAGUUGCCACACAUGCUGAAAAGAUCUACUUAAAUAUUUCUUGCUAGGCAUAAUAGAUUAAAAAUAGUUUUAUAAAAAAAUUAAUUCUGAUGCUCUCCAGAGAUUUUUAUGCUUAACUAUUUUCUGUUAGAUUUAAGCCAGUAAAAUUUACCAUUAUUCUUAUAUUGGAAAAUUCCCUUAUUAGUCACAACCAGGCCCUUUAAAAAGAGAGAAAAUAGCUCUAACCAAUUGUCAAGCAUAUAAUCAAGUACUUUAUAAGAGAAAUCCAUCCAUUAAUCAGUUCUUCCUUUGCUUUUCAUUAUGUCAUAAAAGAUGGAUUUAUUUUAGAGCUUAUGGUUUUGAACUACCACUUCCAGCUUCUGGAGACCCAAUGAUUAACUUGUCUAUCUUCUACAACCCAGAAUGUUCCAAAUCAAACCUUUUUCAUCUUGAUUCUCCUAGAUUUUACAACAAAUCGUAGUAACAAUACCAGUUCCAUUUUGCCUCCAAUUCAGUUGAUUAUAUAUUUUUUCUAUUUAUUUCUCAUUUUAUAAUUGAUAACUGGAAUAAUCAGCAGCUCUUUUCUCAUUUAUUUUCUCAUAUUUUUAUUCCAGGAUUUGCCUCUGAAGCAGGGAGUGUCUGCAUUAAAAAUGACCUGUAGUUCUCUGCUUCAUAGAUGCUUCUUCAGCUCCCUCCUCUUCCUCCAUGGGCGGUGCUUGCAGCUCCUUUACCACCUCUUCCAGCCCUACCAUUUAUUCUACCUCAGUCACCGACAGCAAGGCUAUGCAAGUGGAGAGCUGCUCCUCAGCCGUGGGGGUAAGUAACAGAGGGGUAAGUGAAAAGCAGUUAACCAGUAACACAGUUCAGCAGCAUCCAUCAACACCGAAGAGGCACACAGUCUUGUACAUCUCACCACCACCUGAGGACUUGCUGGAUAACAGUCGGAUGUCCUGCCAGGAUGAGGGGUGUGGAUUGGAAUCUGAGCAGAGCUGCAGUAUGUGGAUGGAGGAUUCCCCCUCCAACUUCAGUAACAUGAGCACCAGUUCCUACAAUGAUAACACUGAGGUACCUCGUAAAUCACGAAAACGAAAUCCAAAGCAGAGGCCGGGGGUCAAACGACGAGAUUGUGAAGAAUCUAAUAUGGAUAUAUUUGAUGCCGACAGUGCCAAAGCACCUCACUAUGUGCUUUCUCAGCUUACCACGGACAACAAAGGCAACUCAAAAGCGGGAAAUGGAACAUUGGAAAACCAAAAAGGAACUGGUGUAAAGAAGAGCCCUAUGUUGUGUGGACAAUAUCCUGUUAAAAGUGAGGGAAAGGAGCUGAAGAUAGUUGUGCAACCUGAGACACAGCAUCGAGCUCGGUACCUGACUGAGGGCAGCCGCGGCUCAGUAAAAGAUAGAACGCAGCAAGGCUUUCCUACAGUAAAGCUGGAAGGCCAUAAUGAACCUGUAGUGUUGCAAGUGUUUGUGGGCAACGACUCUGGACGAGUGAAACCACAUGGAUUUUAUCAGGCCUGCAGGGUAACUGGACGAAAUACAACUCCUUGCAAAGAAGUGGACAUUGAAGGCACUACUGUUAUAGAAGUCGGCCUUGAUCCUAGCAACAACAUGACACUGGCGGUGGACUGCGUAGGGAUAUUGAAAUUGAGGAAUGCUGAUGUUGAAGCCAGAAUAGGAAUUGCUGGUUCCAAGAAAAAAAGCACUCGUGCCAGAUUGGUUUUUCGAGUUAAUAUCACGAGGAAAGAUGGCUCCACUUUGACACUGCAAACACCUUCUUCUCCAAUUUUGUGUACUCAGCCAGCAGGAGUGCCAGAAAUCUUGAAGAAAAGCUUGCAUAGCUGUUCAGUGAAAGGAGAAGAAGAAGUGUUUUUAAUUGGCAAGAACUUUCUGAAAGGAACUAAAGUUAUUUUCCAAGAAAAUGUUUCUGAUGAAAACUCUUGGAAGUCAGAAGCUGAAAUUGACAUGGAAUUAUUUCAUCAGAAUCAUCUUAUUGUGAAGGUUCCCCCCUAUCAUGACCAACAUAUAACUUUGCCUGUGUCAGUGGGAAUAUAUGUAGUGACGAACGCUGGAAGAUCUCAUGAUGUUCAACCAUUCACUUACACUCCAGACCCAGCAGCAGCUGGUGCUUUGAAUGUAAAUGUGAAGAAGGAAGUAUCUAGUCCAGCAAGACCUUGCUCCUUUGAAGAGGCCAUGAAAGCAAUGAAAACUACUGGAUGUAAUUUAGAUAAGGUAAAUAUUAUUCCUAACGCCCUGAUCACUCCACUCAUACCAAGCAGUAUGAUUAAGAGUGAAGAUGUUACUCCAAUGGAAGUAACAGCAGAAAAAAGAUCUUCCACUAUUUUUAAGACUACAAAGACAGUCGGAUCAACUCAGCAAGCAUUAGAAAACAUCUCAAACAUAGCAGGAAAUGGCUCUUUUUCAUCACCAUCAUCUUCCCACCUACCUUCUGAAAAUGAAAAACAGCAGCAGAUUCAGCCCAAGGCAUACAACCCAGAGACCCUGACAACUAUUCAAACCCAGGACAUCUCACAGCCUGGUACUUUUCCAGCAGUUUCUGCUUCUAGUCAGCUGCCCAACAGCGAUGCAUUAUUGCAGCAGGCUACACAGUUUCAGACAAGAGAAACUCAGUCUAGAGAGGUAUUACAGUCAGAUGGCACAGUGGUUAAUUUGUCACAACUGACUGAGGCGUCACAACAACAGCAGCAGUCACCACUACAAGAACAAGCACAGACUUUACAGCAGCAGAUUUCAUCAAAUAUUUUUCCAUCACCAAAUAGUGUGAGUCAGCUUCAGAAUACUAUUCAGCAGCUGCAAGCAGGGAGUUUUACAGGCAGUACUGCUAGUGGCAGCAGUGGAAGUGUUGACUUGGUCCAACAAGUUUUAGAGGCACAGCAACAGUUAUCUUCAGUUUUAUUUUCUGCUCCAGAUGGUAAUGAGAAUGUUCAAGAGCAGCUUAGUGCAGAUAUUUUUCAACAAGUCAGUCAAAUUCAGAGUGGUGUAAGCCCUGGAAUGUUUUCCUCAACAGAGCCAACAGUCCAUACCAGACCAGAUAAUUUAUUACCUGGAAGAGCUGAAAGUGUUCAUCCACAGUCUGAAAACACGUUAUCUAAUCAACAGCAGCAGCAGCAACAACAGCAAGUGAUGGAAUCUUCAGCCGCAAUGGUGAUGGAGAUGCAACAGAGUAUCUGCCAGGCAGCUGCCCAGAUUCAGUCAGAAUUAUUCCCUUCAACUGCUUCAGCAAAUGGAAACCUUCAGCAAUCGCCAGUUUACCAGCAGACUUCUCACAUGAUGAGUGCAUUGUCUACCAAUGAGGAUAUGCAAAUGCAGUGUGAAUUGUUUUCUUCUCCUCCUGCAGUUUCUGGAAAUGAAACUUCUACAACCACCACACAGCAGGUUGCAACCCCUGGCACUACCAUGUUUCAGACAUCAAGUUCAGGAGAUGGAGAAGAAACUGGAACACAAGCAAAACAGAUUCAGAACAGUGUCUUUCAGACCAUGGUCCAAAUGCAACAUAGUGGGGACAAUCAACCUCAAGUUAACCUUUUUUCAUCCACAAAAAGUAUGAUGAGUGUUCAGAAUAGUGGUACCCAGCAACAAGGUAAUGGUUUAUUCCAGCAAGGGAAUGAGAUGAUGUCACUUCAAUCUGGAAACUUUUUGCAGCAGUCUUCUCAUUCACAGGCCCAACUUUUUCAUCCUCAAAAUCCUAUUGCCGACGCUCAGAAUCUUUCCCAGGAAACUCAAGGUUCUCUCUUUCAUAAUCCAAAUCCUAUUGUCCACAGUCAGACUUCUACAACCUCCUCUGAACAAAUGCAGCCUCCAAUGUUUCACUCUCAAAGUACCAUUGCUGUGUUACAGGGCUCUUCAGUUCCUCAAGACCAGCAGUCAACCAACAUAUUUCUUUCCCAGAGUCCCAUGAAUAAUCUUCAGACUAACACAGUAGCCCAAGAAGCAUUUUUUGCAGCACCGAACUCAAUUUCUCCACUUCAGUCAACAUCAAACACUGAACAACAAGCUGCUUUCCAACAGCAAGCUCCAAUAUCACACAUCCAGACCCCUAUGCUUUCCCAAGAACAGGCACAACCCCCCCAGCAGGGUUUAUUUCAGCCUCAGGUGUCCCUGGGCUCCCUUCCACCUAAUCCAAUGCCUCAAAGCCAACAAGGAACCAUGUUCCAGUCACAGCACUCAAUAGUUGCCAUGCAGAGUAACUCUCCAUCCCAGGAGCAGCAGCAACAGCAGCAACAGCAGCAGCAGCAGCAGCAGCAGCAACAACAGGGCAUUUUAUUCAGUAAUCAGAAUACCAUGGCUACAAUGGCGUCUCCAAAGCAACCACCACCAAACAUGAUAUUCACCCCAAAUCAAAAUCCAAUGGCUAAUCAGGAGCAACAGAACCAGUCAAUUUUUCACCAACAAAGUAAUAUGGCCCCAAUGAAUCAAGAGCAACAGCCCAUGCAAUUUCAGAGUCAGUCCACAGUUUCCUCACUUCAGAACCCAGGUCCUACCCAGUCGGAAUCAUCACAGACCCCCUUGUUCCAUAGCUCUCCUCAGAUUCAGUUGGUACAAGGGUCACCUAGUUCUCAAGAGCAGCAAGUAACACUCUUCUUAUCUCCAGCAUCCAUGUCUGCCUUGCAGACCAGUAUAAAUCAACAAGAUAUGCAACAGUCUCCUCUUUAUUCCCCUCAGAACAACAUGCCUGGAAUUCAAGGAGCCACAUCUUCGCCUCAGCCACAGGCUACUUUAUUUCACAACACAGCAGGAGGCACAAUGAACCAACUACAGAAUUCUCCUGGCUCAUCUCAGCAGACAUCAGGAAUGUUCUUAUUUGGCAUUCAAAAUAACUGUAGUCAGCUUUUAACCUCUGGACCAGCUACAUUGCCUGAUCAGUUGAUGGCCAUAAGUCAGCCAGGCCAACCACAAAAUGAGGGCCAGCCACCUGUGACAACACUUCUUUCUCAGCAAAUGCCAGAGAAUUCUCCACUGGCAUCCUCUAUAAACACCAACCAGAACAUCGAAAAGAUUGAUUUGCUUGUUUCGUUGCAAAACCAAGGGAACAACUUGACUGGCUCCUUUUAACUGGAUAUAAAUUCCAUGAAGAAAAUCCUGAUUCCAAGAUGUCCUGAGAUCUUGUGGUUCCAUGAGAAUUACUACUUUAAAAACAAAACAAAAUAUGAAAAACUCUAUUUGAGUAAACUGAUAGAUUUUAUUCUGACUGCAAAAGAGCACACCUAUGCUGCUUGUUGCAGUGACUAACCACCAAUGUUAACAUCUUCAUAUUUUAUAUUCCUAAUAACAGUGAUGACUGAGAAUCUAUUUGAGUUUCCAGCUGGCAGAAUUAAUUGUUAUUAUUUUCCUAGGCGCAAUUUCCUUAAACGUACAGUUUAAAUUAAAGGCUGGACCACUCAGUUAUUAUUGCUAUUAGAAAAUAAUAUAUCAUGUUUACUUUCGUUCUUCAUUAUUUUCUUUCCUGCAUUGUUUUAGUCAAGUAAUGGCUUUUGAAAAAGUAAAGUUCAAUAGUAACUAAGGCUGUGAUUUUUUUCAAUAUGAAAGGCACAGCUGUUGGCCAAAGUGAAGGAAUCUUUUUUCAGUUUUAUUGGAGAAACUGAAGGGGUAACAUUCUAACAAGUAAACUGUAUAUGCAGGUAAAAGAACUCUUGAUUUAACACAAAGGCAGAUGAUACACUUAGAAAACUGGGAACAGCUGGAAUACCAUUGAUUUUAUUUUUUCAGAGAGUUGUUAGUUCUCUGGGUUUCUACUAAGGGGUUUAGCCAUAACUGUGCAUAGAAAAAUAAUUAUCUUUAUCUGUAAAAAAUGAAGGGGAUAAUAUAUGAUAAAUUAUGUUCUGAUAUCCUCCUACAGUAGUUUAAAUUGACAGAAAAAUUUGAGUGUUUUAUUCUUAACCCAGUCUUAGGCUGGUGUUCCCUUUUUAUAUACAUCUAUAUUACUUUUCACCUCUUUUUCACUUUACUUUAGAGAACUAUUGAUAUACUACUGGCUUUUAUGACCCUGUAGCAUCUUUGGCCACUUUUAUCUAGGGUGACCUAGCAGUCCUGCAGCACAGGGCAGAAAGUACUGUCUUAGGAAUUAUUGGGAGUUAAUUCCUGAGAAACAACACAUUUUUCCCCAUGAACGGUGCUGUUCUGAAGUCUUCAAAUUUUUCCCUCUAAUAGGAAACAGUAUAAGUUUUAAUUUUAAAAAAAGGCAAACUAAAAUUUCUUGAAACAUCACUUCUCCCUGAUCUGCAGUGAGUAUAAAUUCACUUGUCACCUCAGUGCUUUACAGUUUGAAGUGGUCACUUACCUGAUGGUUCCCAAAAGCCUUAGGCUUUACAGGGUCAUAUCAUUGACUUAAAAUGAAGAAUUAACUUGUGUUACAUCUAUAAAGAGCAAAAUAACACACUCCAGAACUUGGCAGUUGUAGCAUUAGUUAUACAGUUUUGGGCGUUGUUGCCACCCGUGGGAUGCCUGCUUCUCACUACCACCUGUGUCUGGACACAUGCUUAUAUCUCAUUUUCCUUUUGGCAUGUGGAAAGCUGUCAAUGCAGUGUAAGGCCAACGUGUGUGUGGCUUCUAUGUGUUGAUAUAAUGUUUUGGUAUCCUUGUCCGUUUCAUUUAUUUUUUAAGUGUACAAAAAAUAACCUGUUAAUUGUUGAAGGCUAACUUUCUGUUCUUUUUUUUUUUUUUUUUUUUUUUUUUCCUAUCCUGUACAUUUAGUUGAACUGUGUGGAAUUGUGGUGUUGGUUUUGUUUAUACAGCCAGAUUUUUCCUUCUUUUUUUUUUUUUUUUUGUGAUGAUCUUCCUUUGUUCUUUGAAUGUGCUCUUUUGUCUUUUUCUCUUUUUUCUCACGUUUUCUUCCCUCCACCUCCACCCCUUUCUUUCUUUCUCUCUCUGAUUGAGAGGCAUUGAAAUACGUUUUCAGUAGUACAGGCUUCUUGCCGAUAUGAAGGGAACUUUUCAGAAAGAGACCUACUCUGGGUCAUUUAAUUUUGAAUACAGUUUUCAAUCGUUCAAGUUUUGGAUGGUUUAUAUCUAAUGUGUGUUUCAUUUUUUUGGAAAGCUAUAUUUUGUAUUUAGGAAAUGGUAUACUAUUUUGCUAUUUGUACUGAGUGAGUACAUUGGCAUAAAUAUAGAAAUUUAUAUAUAUACAUAUAUAUAAACUAUUCUUUUUUGCCACACAUUUUUGUGGUAAAUUUGUGAGUUUGUCUGAUGUUCUACCACAACGUGGCGUCUGAUAACAGUGAGGGGGGGUGGGGUUUGUUAUGUCUUUAUUGAGUAUUUAAGUAUCUUUUGAAACAAAUGACCUGUUCAUCUGUGGCCAUUCCAUCAGGCAGUUCCUUGAUGUUAGUAGUGGGCUAAAGGCAGCUUACUGUGUGUUUGCUGGAGCUUUCACUCAGCCAAGUGUCAGAGUCAGGAAACCCAUUGAGGCAAUUGCGUCAAAUGGUGUUUCACAAGAAUGAGCCAUUCAGUCUUUGCUCACUAUAUAUUUAAUAUUUUAUUAUUGUUAUUGUUAUUAUUAAUUGGCUUUCUGUAUUCUAUGCCUUUUAUUUAUAAAGACACUAAGAAAACCCAUGUUUGUAAUUUUAAUAACAUUUUUCCCAUCUUGUAAUAUCCAGAGCUACUUUAUAAAUUCUCUGAACCAAAA